CCCAGUUCGGGUGUGUAUCCACUUUUUAUUCGUCAAACGUUUGCCCGAUUUUUGCCCUAGCGUUCGAGAAUAAAAAAUUCUCAUCCGGAGUUGCCAGCCAUUAAGAUCCAUCCAAAACCACCAUCCCCCGAAACAUUCAGAGUCCCUGAGUUCGAUAAGACACAAAAAAAAAAAUAAGAGAAAAAAAUCCAAUAAACACAAGCACAACAUACACACCAACCUGUAAUUGCAUAUCUCCCAGAAUCAGUAUCACUGAGAAACUUUUCAACCAUAGGCCUAUCCGAGACCGCCAUCAUGGACGUAAUGUCAUCAUCCCUGCAGCAGCAGCGCGUCGUCGUGGACCAGCUGCGUCGGGAGGCGGCCAUUGAGCGCCAGACCGUUUCGGAGUCGUGCGCCAAGAUGAUGAAGUACAUCACGGAGCACGAGCAGGAGGAUUACCUGCUGACUGGGUUCACCAGCCAGAAGGUGAAUCCGUUCCGCGAGAAGUCAUCCUGCACCGUUCUCUAAGGAGGAUGCCCCUGGAGGAGGAGGAGGAGUAGCAGGAGGACGAGGCGUGGAAGGCCGGCGGACGAUUAGUUUAUUUUUAGUUUAGCAAGAUGGAUUUAAGAAGCGAAUGUGUGUGUACCAGUCAACGCCACCUGGAUCAAUAUAUCUUUGUGUAAAAGCAACAAUAACUACGAUUGUCAUAAGCAAUAUAGUUACAAGUUUGUAUUCCAAUUGCAAGGAAUCUAUAUAUAUAUAUAUAUAUAUAUAUAUUUAUGAAUAUAUAUCUCGAUAUAUCAAUGUGUACCAUGUGUAAUGUCCAAAAAGAAACCGAUAGAUCAACAAAUCCAAUUUCAAUUCCAAUUCCACAACUAGAAUCGAGGCAUUUGUUAUGAAAAUAUCAGAAAGUUGUUUCCUUCCCGAUUAGUAACGCUGUUUAAUGUACACGAAUAUCCCAACUAUACCGACAAUUAAUGCGCUGACUUUAGCACCUACUACUAAACUACCUAAGCCGAAGUAUAAACCGGAACACACAUAUACUUAUAUACCAACAACUAUCAACGUAAUCCGACAUACAAAUUUAUCAAUAAACGAAGAUAACACAACAGAAACAGAAA